CUGAAAUCUCGGGAAACUGAAGGCUGUCCAUUUCCUCCCCAUUGAUAGCUGUGUGUUUGUGCUUAGGUGGUGUAACAGAAACUAUCCUAUAUCAUUUUCAUACAAGUUUUUAUUAGUUUCAGUUUAGUUCUACAGACCCUCGGUUUGAAAAAACACAAAUUAUGUUUUUGUUCACCGUCGUAAAGUUUUCCCGUUGACAUCGAGCUCGGGUAGAUGCCUGUAUAAAUUGUCGCACAAAUGGAAAUGGUGCCCAGCGAAGAGAACCAGCUCGUACCGAAAGAGGCUAUGUUUUGGAGUUGCAGGCAGAGUAUUUUCGAUGAGAUGAAGAAGAGGUUUUCUCAGAUAGAGAAUGCGGCGGAGGAGCCCAGAGUGCUGUGCAUAGUCCAGGACACUACCAGUGCUAAGACAGUCAACGAGAGGCUCACCCUCAACUUGCCAGCCUCCACCACCCUUCCCAAACUCUUCGAGGAUGUGGCCCACAAGGCGGGCUAUGUGAACGGCACCUUUGACCUGGCAUGGCGCAAGACAGGGGACAUGGGUUCGCUGGAUCCCAGCAGUGAGAUGUCCCUCACUGAGUUCGGGUUUGAGCCCGGGAAGAGGAACUUCCUCCAACUCACAGACAAGGACGGAGAACAGCCUCAGAUUGCAUCGGAUGAGUCGGGGACAGCGGGCAGCAGCGGUCUGGAUGACAGCUCCCAGGAGCGCUUCAUCGGCCCUCUACCCAGAGACUGCACGGUGGGCUGCAGCAGUGACUACAGCAGCCCCAGCUACUCCUACUCCUCCAUCCUCAACAAGUCUGACACAGGAUAUGUGGGUUUGGUUAAUCAGGCCAUGACCUGCUAUUUGAACAGCCUUCUACAAACACUGUUUAUGACCCCGGAGUUCAGAAAUGCACUGUACAACUGGGAGUUUGAGGAGUCGGAGGAAGACCCGGUUACCAGCAUCCCUUACCAGCUACAGAGGCUGUUUUUGCUGCUGCAGACCAGUAAGAAGAGGGCCAUCGAGACCACCGACGUGACCCGCAGCUUCGGCUGGGACAGCAGCGAAGCCUGGCAGCAGCAUGACGUCCAGGAGCUGUGUAGGGUCAUGUUUGAUGCCUUGGAGCAGAAAUGGAAGCAGACAGAGCAGCAGCAGUUUUCUCCACUUACGGUACUUAUUUGAACUUCUAUUAUUGUCUUCAACUGUUUGUUUGAUUUUAUUUGUCAUUUAAAAAAUUACAUGUACACAUUACAUGCAUACAGAAAACAUGAACGGGAUUGCACAAUAAAUUCAGAUUUAUUUCUGCUGUGGUCCCUAUUCUUUUGGGUUGUUGACAUACA